UCCAUUUCCGCUUCACUAUUCUAUUGUUAAUUGUCAGUAACCACAGCAUUAUUCACUCUUUCUGCAAAGCCAAAAAAAGGAAGCCUCAUUACCUUCAUGCUCACUGAAUCUCUAUCUGUUGAAUGGAAUUGAUAAAACAAAACAACUAUUUUGUAAAACACUCCCACUCUAAAUAACUCUUCCGGCCAAGGGGGUUUGGCCAAAAAGUGUGCAAAGACUAUAAGAGACGUGACGUCGAAGGUGGAGCAUCACACAGGUGAGGCGUUCAUGUCUCCACCUUCUUCCACUGAACUGAGGAUACUACUUGGCUUUACCACACAGAGGAGCACACACCUCUGAAUUAACAAGAUACAAGUAUCCUCCUUGUGCCCAUUGACUCGGGUUCCGACGUCCUGUCAGAUGAGUUAACGAGAGAAGUUGUUUGACAGCUUCUUUCACUUCUCAUUUGCCCUUGUGAGUUUUGGCUUUCUUGCCUCACAAGUGUCAUUUCUCCUCCCAGAUUGUCCUUUUAGUAUGCUGGCUGAAAUGGAGAUGAUGACGCAUGUGACUGAGAUCAGACUGAACGGAGGUCGGGGGGCCUGGAGCCGGGUGGCUCCCUCCUCCUGCCCUGAGGUUGACCUGGAGGUCAUCGAGGAGUUCUUGCAGGAACACUCCUUGGAGGUCCAGCCCGCACACACACCUGCUUCACCUCCAACCUCGUUGGGGCAACAGAUGCACUCCCACCUCGGCACCAGGAUCAUAGAGAACAGCUGGUCGGGUCAGCAUCCAUACGAGUGGCACUGCGGCUCUCACACUCCGAAUGAGGAAUGUGAAGAGCAAGCCCUGCCUCCCACCUGGCAUAGCCCCCAUGACAACCAAUGGGGCCACAUUGCGUAUUCCUACGAGGCGCCUGCAUACAUUGACUCGGACUCGCUGUCCAGUAGCUCCCAGUACCAGGAAUACCAAGAUUCCCCAUCACCAGUGUCUGAUAGGGAAGGAAGGAAUGAUCGAGGCUCCCUGCCUCUUGCCCCACUAUCAGGAAAGAGGAAAGAGCGUUUGUUCCAGUUCCUAUUUGAGAUGCUCCAGACUCCAUCGAUGCGGAGCUGCAUCUGGUGGGUCCAGUCCUCUUCUGGCACCUUCCAGUUCUCCUCCCAGAACAAGGAGCGCCUGGCGCAGCUGUGGGGACGGCGGAAGGGUAAUCGCAAGACCAUGACCUACCAGAAGAUGGCCCGCGCGCUGAGGAACUACUCCCGCACCGGUGAGAUAAAGAAGGUGAAGCGGAAGCUCACCUACCGGUUCGAUGAGAAGACGCUGCGAGGCCUGCAAGGAAGCCCAAACACAUGAAUAAGCAUAUGAAUAGAAUAAGCACAAUGGGUAUUCAGAUUGUUGUUCCAUUAAAGUGCAACCCCCCCCCCCACCAGGUCUGAGCCGAACUCCGAUAAAGGGCGGUAGCUUUUUUUUUUUUCCUUGGGGAUGAGUCCCAAGCUUUUAACUCAAUGUCAACUGAUAUAACAAAGUAGAUGGGGCGUUGCGGCAGUUUCAAUUCAUGACAUUCAGAUUUAGAAACAUUUUUAAUCACAGUACAGUCUUCUAUUUUAGAUUUUAGUUUAAAAACAUCUUUAAUGUCUUCUCUUGAUUCUAAUUCUAUGGCUUGUAUAAACAAAUGAGUACUGUGUAUUUAAAAAGCCAGAAGAAGAAACACUGUAGGUCAGACUGGAUAUUAAAACUUAUGUAAAUCGAAAAGGUUAUCAUAUAAUAUCUACUUUAUAAGUAGAAGUUAAAUCAUUCUUAAAAUAAAGA